UUUUAAUGCAAUUUUCGGCAUAUUUUGUGAAAUAGUUCACUCUCAUAGUCUCUUUUUAUUAGUGCUCAUACUUUCCGUUGCUUCAUUAAGUUGUCUGGUCAUGUAUGAAUAAAUUUGAAACAAAUGACCAAUUUGUAAAAUUACCAAUUUGUUUUGUUUUUAUCAAUAUGGUCAUUUGUCCCAAAUUUUGACAAUAUUUUUAAAUAAUAGUAAAAAUGGGCAGUCUGUAGAUGCAUGAGUGCUAGAGGAGAUGAGGAAAUGGGAGAGGAAGUCUACAACUCACAAAUGGAUGAUUGUCAUACGAGAAAGAAUAAAUUCUACGAGUUAUCAAAUUUAAUGGCCUACAAAUUCAACUACCAAACAAAAUAGGGAAAAGGGGCAAAUAAGCCCUCGAUCUAAUAAAAAAAGUGCAAAUAAGCCCUUUUGUAGAAGGUUCCGUCCGGUCAUCGUCAUUUGGGGAGGUUCACGGUGGAAUUUUUUGAUGAAAUUUUUUGAGCAUCUUAUUCAUUAAGUCUAGUUUAGUCCUACUGAAUUUCAGCUAAAAUUUCAACCGGGAAGACAAUCAAAUAAAUUUUUGAAGAUAACUGCGCAGUUAAACAACGCAGUAUAUUUCCGAAAAUCAUUUGAGUGCCUUCCCGGUUGAAUUUUUAGCUGAAAUUCGGUAUGGCUAAACUAGACUUAAUGAAGAAGAUGUUCAAAAAAAUUUAUCAAAAAAUUCUACCGAGAACCUCCCCAAAUGACGAUGAUCGGACAGAACCUCCUACAAAAGGGCUUAUUUGCACUUUUUUUAUUAGUUCGAGGGCUUAUUUGCCCCUUUUCCCAACAAAAUAAUACACAACCUCCUAUCUCAAGUAUUUAAAAGGUAAGAUAGCAAGAUGAAUACAAAUUUUACUUAUCUUUUUGUAAUGAUUAGUUUUUGGUUUGCCUAUAAAUAGAACUCUGAGGCAUGGUAGAGCAUCCACUUUUUAUCACUCAUUGCUCAAUAUUAGGGGUGGGAAAAACCGAACCGAAACCCGGAAACCGAUCCUGGAUCAACCCGAAUUAUGAUCCCGAUCCGGGUUUUUUCUUUUAACCAGACCGAAUUUAAGAAAACCCGGACCGAACCCGAAAUUCCGGGCUCAUGAACGGGCCUUAAAAUCUAUAGCUCGGCCUAGACCGAUAAAAACCCGAACCAAUUACCUUUAAUAUAAAAUUAAUAUAAUAUAUGAAUAUAAAUUUAUAAAUAUUUCCUAAUAUAUGAUUAUAAUCACAGUGGAUAAAAAAAAUGGUUUUGUAACUUUUAGUGACUACAAAUAUGUUCAAUUUCUUUAGCGUAAUGAUCAUGAAAAUAUAUUUAUAGCAACUCUAGUCACAUUUUUAUCUAUAAAUUUUAUUUCGUAAUAUUUUUAAGAAACCUAUAUUAUCUAUUUAUAUGCAUCUUAAAUAAAAUAUUAAGAUAAAUAUCUUCUUUGGAUUUGAAUUGUUGGUGAUUUUGGAGACUAAUAUUUGUGUUAUUAUUUGCGAUUUGUAUUUUUGAUUAAUUUUAUUUGAAAAUAAGUGUUAAAAUAUAAAAGAACAAUGAGAUAUUGGGCUUUAACCGGCCGCCCAACCCAAACCCGUACCGAACCCGGGCUACCAAAAACCCGACUCAGACCGAAUAUAAUGAGCUUUGUUUCGGUCCCUAAUUUUCAUAACCCGAGACUUUCCGGGUAAUUUCCGGGUUUAGCAAAAACCUGAUCUAGACCAGACCAGACCAGACCGAUCCCACCCCUACUCAAUAUAUAGAUUUCAUAUUUCACUUCAUUUCAUCUUGUUUACAUCUACAGACUCUUCGUUUCUUUCAAGUUUUUCUUUUCAAUUCUUUCAUUUUUCUUAGUUCUCUGUUUUAUAUUCGAUUGUUUCUUUUAGGCUUUGUUUUGUGCUGAAAAUGGAUGAAUCUCGUAAAAGUAGGAUUGAGAGUUCAUCUAAAACAACCAAGUGUGGCAGAUCUCUUGAGCAUGAUGACCCAUACAGUGCCUACUAUCUUAAUCACACAGACUGUAGUAAUUCUGGAGCAGUCACCACAUUCCUUAAUGGAAGGAAUUAUCACACUUGGCACAGAAAUUUUGAAAUGAAUCUUAUACUGAAAUAUAAAAUGGGGUUUGUUGAUGGAACUCUUGCCAUGCCAGCAAGUGAUGAUAUAAAUUUAAAAGCCUCGGUCAAGUGUAAUACAUUGGUUCUUUCUUGGCUUCAUAAUUCUAUUUCUCCAUAAAUUAAAAGUACAAUAUUGCAUUGUGAUACUGCCAAACAGGCGUAUGAAAAAUUGAAAAUCAGAUAUAUAUAUAUAUAUAUAUAUAUAUAUAUAUAUAUAUAUAUUAUAUAUAUAUAUAGAUUUAGGAUCAUGUGAGAACUUAAUCUUAGGAGAGUAAAAAAGAAUUGAUGUAGACCAUUGGAUCAUCUAAUAAUUCCUCCGUGCUUCUAAUCUAUCGAGAGGGUUUUUAGUCAUUUUGUAUAUGUAUUGAUUACGCUUAAAGAUAAGUUCCGAAAUGUUAGGCACUACUUUACUUGUUUAUUGUACGUUCCACUAACUUCCUUUUGAGUAUUUGUGUAUUUAUUAUUGCUUUGUCAUAGUUUAUAUUUUAUAGCCUUCAAUUUUCUACGUGUGACUUUUAGAUGAGUUUCUUUUCAAUUUAAGUGCUAGCAUUUUUUUUAACAAAUUUUAUAUUUCUGUGUGCUCUUUAAUCAUCAUAUUCUCUCUUAUUUAUUUUCAAUUUUCACACUACAUUAUCCGAAUAAAUAUUAUUUUUUAAUUUAGUAUAUAAUUGUGCACUUUUAAUUUGUCCAUUACGGUUUUUACAUCUUUAAGAUGCUUAUAAAUUUGCAUGAUGACAACAUAUAGCAUAUUUUCAAUUUGGUCAUUUGGGGAAGUUUGAUCUUCAACAAAAGGGCUGUUAUGUGUUGUAUGAUACUGCACUCUGAUUUAUUUUAUAUGCACAUUUUAAAAAUGCAUUUCAUUUUGAUGCACUUAUCAUACUUUGUUCAUGCACUUUUCAUUAUUUUUUUCAGACACACGUGACAUCAGGAGACAUCAUUAUAAUGGAAUUACCAUGGGGCUUUUGGAAGAAAAGAGCAUUAUAUUUGAUUUUGUAAAAGAAUCAUUGUAAAUUAAAGUUUUAGAAAGUGUGAAAUAUAACAGUGCACUUCUUUAUGUAGUUACAAUGCACAUUAUAAAAGUGCAUUUUAUUUUGUAAAAAAGUGCAUUUUGUUUUGUAAAAAAGUGCCAACGUAUAAACUUCAAAAGUGUAAUAAUAUAAUGCACUUUUGUAUUUACUUAAAAUGCACAUUUAGAUUACAAUCAGUGCACUUCUACACCUAAUAUGUGUAAACAUUUAACUGAAUUGAUGUUAUAUACAGUUUCGAAUAAAAGUGCAUCCUUUCAAUGUUGGAAUGCAAUAAAUAAAUCAUUUUGACUCAUUGAUGAAUAUUACAUUUGAAAAGAAAAAAUGAUUAAUAAAAAAAUUAAUGCACGAAUUACAAAAGAAAGCUUUGUUCAAAAUAAUUAUCUUAAUUAUAUGCUAGAAUAUCCUAAAUUUGGAAAUAAAAUAAAGUAAGAGAGAGUAUUUUCUACAAUAAAUGAUGCUAAUUAUGGAAGAAGUUAUUACGUAUGAAUUGA